AUGAGUAAAUCGAACCGCGUCGUAGGCAGUCUGCAUCAGGUGGCGAUCGACAUAAGAGUACUGAUUCUCAUCAACCUGGACAAGGUGAACGAGUUAUGGUGGGAAGCGGCUUUCGUUGACGAGGAAAGAAUUGAUGUACAGGAGAUUGACUGCUCCCGACCAAUGCACGAACUGGACGAAGAGUCACAGGCCAAGAUUGCUCAGAUGCUCUUCGACCAGGAACAGAAACGUUUGGGUUUGCCUACCUCGGAAGAACAGAAAAUUCAAGACAUACUUAAGGGUGCUUGGAACAAGGACGGUUCACCCUUCAAGGGUACAGCAUACGACCCGAACCUCGUCAAACCUGCUGGUGCAGGAGGGCCGGGUGGCAUGCCUAUGCCACCACCUGGCUCUUCUGACCAUGGGCCCGUGCUUUGUGGAGCUAACUUUGUUGCUGUGCUCAACGCGUACACCUGCCCCCCUCCCUCCCAAUGGCUGCAUCGCAAUGGGAAGGUCGGGCUCUAUGGUGAUCGAUACACCCUUCUGGUGUCUGUGUUGAGGGCUGGCAAACAGUUUUUCUCCUGCGACUUCCGUGCCAUGUCGACGCACAUCCUUCCAACUGAAAUUGAAUACUAG